AUGCAGAAGUGUCUGCUCCAGUGCUCGGUGUGGCAGGACUGGAUGUUCUCGCUGGGCUACAUUAACCCAAAGAACUCUGAGGAGCAGAAGGUUACAGAGAUGGUCUACAACAUCUUCCGCAUCCUGCUGUACCAUGCCAUCAAGCAUGAAUGGGGUGGAUGGCGCGUGUGGGUGGACACUCUGUCCAUAGCCCACUCCAAAGUGACAUAUGAAGCCCAUAAGGAGUACUUAGCCAAGAUGUAUGAGGAAUAUCAGCGCCAAGAGGAGGAGAAUAUUAAAAAGGGGAAGAAAGGUCUAGUCAGUACUAUCUCUGGCCUGUCUGCCCAAGCCUCUUCCAUCAAGGGUACCCUGGAGCUUGAUGAUCAUUCUCAAACGCAGACUCCCGAGAGCGAGGUGGACGACUCUGAGACCACUGACCCCACACGCAACCUUCUUUCUGAAGCCAAAGCAACCAACAUGGAGAACACGGUGUCGGGUGUGCAGGUUGAAGUUCAUGACUUGCUUGUGGACAUCAGGGCUGAGAAGGUGGAGGCCACAGAGGUGAAGCUGGAUGACAUGGAGACGCUAGGAGUCACAGAUAGUGGGAGCCUGGUAGAGGUUGAUUCCCUGCUGGACAACGUCUACUCGGCUGCUGUGGAGAAGCUGAACAAUAACGUGAACAAUGUCUUGGUUUCCAAAUCUAACUUGGAUGACAAGAAUUCAGGACCUCUGAUCAGUCUAGCUGAGGACAAAGAUGCUGUGCCCAGUGGCAGCACUUUUCUGUUUGCAGCAGUGGGAACUGGUACAUCUGAGAACCUGCUCCCCAAAAUUGUACCGUCUGAACCCUUGCCUCUUGCAAGUGGGCACCACCAGGUCCGCACCAGCACCAGUGACUUGGGUUUGUUGGCACACAUGACCAGCGGAUCAGAAGUAAGCUCCAGCUCAGCAGCUCUUGAGGACUGCUUCAAACUCCAGGCCGAUCUGAGUACUUUCAGUCCCUCAUGUCAGGGAGAAAACUCUGCCAAGAACCAUGAGCAGGCUGUGGCAAUAGCUCCAGAGGUAGAAGCUUCUGGAAGUAAGAGCAGUGUAGAUGCCACCAACGCCACCUCAGAUACAGAGAGGUCUGACGACAGCAAGGAGAAGGAGAUCAAGAAGAUCCAGACCACUGCCACCACACAGGAAGUUCCUGUCAGAGCGGGUGGACUGAUGGACAGGGACGUGAGGGUGGACCUGGGCUUCAGGGCCAUGCCCAUGAGUGAGGAGCAGAGACGUCAGUUCAGCCCGGGCCCUCGCACCACCAUGUUUCGUAUCCCAGAGUUUAAAUGGUCGCCGAUGCACCAGCGCUUACUCACUGAUCUGCUCUUCGCUCUCGAAGCAGACCUGCAUAUGGUAGACAACAUCAUCAUCGCCUGUGGCGGGAUCCUUCCUCUGCUCUCAGCUGCCACGUCGCCGUCUGCGGAGUUGGAGGGGAUAGAGGCGACGCAGGGGAUGUCCUCGGACACAGCCGUCACCUUUCUGACUCGCCUCAUGUCCAUGGUGGACGUGUUGGUGUUUGGCAGCUCGCUCAACUUCAGCGAGAUUGAGGCAGAGAAGAACAUGUCCUCUGGAGGACUGAUGCGCCAGUGUCUCAGACUUGUGUGUUGUGUGGCUGUGAAGAAUUGUUUAGAGUGCAGACAGCGUCACAGGGACAGGGGAAUGAAGUCCUGUGUGUCCAGUGUGAAAACUCUGGAGAGCAUGCAGAGCUCCUGCAAGACUUCCAUAGAGAAUUUCCCCAGUAACAUUUCUCCCAUUAAGGACCCAGAUCGUCUCUUGCAGGAUGUGGACAUCAACCGUCUGCGUGCCGUCGUCUUCCGGGAUGUCGAUGAUGGGAAGCAGGCGCAGUUCCUGGCCCUGGCUGUGGUCUAUUUCAUCUCUGUCCUUAUGGUGUCGAAGUAUCGCGACAUCUUGGAGCCACAGCGCGAGAUGACCAGGGCCUUCAGCCAAUUAGGGAGGAGCAUUCGCCAGGAAAUCAACUCUCCCACGAGCACAGAAAACCCGCUGACAUACUCAGACAGCAGUAAAGAUCCCACCUUGGUCUCUGAUCCACAUGCUGAAGUGUCUCUGCCUCAUUCGGACUCUGGUCUCGGGGACGAGCCUGCGUCCUGCAUGUUUAACGGAGCCGAACUGGAACCCGGCUCCAGAGGACCGGACGGCCUGCGUGGGAUCCUCUGCACCCUCUCACCAGAGGCUAAAGUCCAGGAGAACCUGGCUGAAGCGGAUCUCCUUAAGCCUGCUGCCUCCAUCUCUAGCAUCAGCCAAUCCAACAAGGGCAUCAACGUCAAGGAGAUCCUCAAGAGUCUGGUAGCAGCUCCUCUGGAUGCCAGUGAGAGCAGCCCUGAACCGACAACAUAUCCUGAAAACCAGGUGUUAAAGAGGGAGACGCAGACCAUGAUGCCCAUGCAGUUCCACUCAUUUGACAGGAGUGUGGUAGUCCAAGCUAAGAAGCCUCCAGCUGGCAGCAUGGCAGUUAACACUGUGGUCACUUCUGGUUCCUCCAUGGCAAGCUCAGGAAGCACUCCCAACAUCUUCACUGCGACUUCUGCUACACCUAAAAGCAUGAUCAACACCACAGGAGCUGCAGACCCUGCCACUUCUUCCAGCUCGUCGUCGUCCAGCUUUGUGAACGGAGCCACCAGUAAGAACCUUCCUGCGGUGCAGACGGUCGGGCCCAUGCCCGAGGACACCAUGGAGAACAUGAGUAUCACCGCUAAGUUGGAGCGAGCCCUGGAGAAGGUCGCCCCCUUGCUGAGGGAGAUCUUCGUGGACUUUGCACCGUUCCUGAGUCGCACUCUCCUGGGCAGCCAUGGCCAAGAGCUUCUUAUAGAAGGUCUGGUGUGUAUGAAGUCGAGUACCUCGGUGGUGGAGCUGGUCAUGCUGCUUUGCUCUCAGACCGAUCUGAAACACUGUCAUCUUACGCACUUCCAAGAGCGAUCUCUUUCUAAACCGUUUAAACUUCUUUUGCGUAGCGCGUUAAAAGAUGCCCCCGACAAGCCCUGUGUAGACUCGCCAUACGGUCCUACAGGAGCUUCCCAGCAGUCCUUUAACUCCCAGUGA